AUGGUUCCCCCCCACCACCCCUCCUACACGGCCGACUGCGCGACGGGUGCUGAAUGGCUGAUGAAAUGGCAGCUGCUAGCUGCACUGCCUUUCUCCAGGCAAAAGAGCGGGGGCGUAACCCGGCCCACCCCUAAAGCUUCCGCCCCCGCCGCCGCCGCCGCCGCCGCCGCCGCCGCCGCCGCCGCUCCCGUGCCUCCGGAAAGCCCGAGUUUCGCGGGCGCGCGCGCUUACUGGCGAAACUCCGCCGUGGAGCACAGCAAAAUAAAACUUUUGUCUGUCGCCGCCGGAGUUUCCCCGCCGCGAGAGUCGCACAGUACACUGAGUCCCAUUCUAGUGAGUAGCUUGGAUGCCACACACGAGCUGAGAUCACCUGUACCAGUGACGUCAGCUAAUCUGUUCAGUGCCGCGUGGCAGCAGCAGCGCGCGCUUGGUCGACGGCGUUUCCCCGGCAACCGGCCCGCCGUGUCGUUAUCAGCGGAGCCCGCCGCGCGGCGCCGGGCCACGUUAUCGCCGCCCCCGCAGGCUGCACGUGGACGGCGGCCGCCCACGCCGCCCCACGCGCCACGCCACGCCGCGCCCGCCGCAGCCACACUAAUCGAUAGCCGGCGGCCAUAUGGGAGCCACCGGCGGCCGGAAUGCGCUCAGGCACGCGGCAAAUGCGCCGCCUGCUGUGCGGCCCGGCGUGGUGUGGCGUGGCGUGGCGUGGCGUGGCGUGCUGUGGUGCGCUGUCCCCGCUGGCCGCAGCACACCGGGCCUCCCUGCUGCUGCUGUCUGGCUAGUUCACUCCGGCCACCUGCCACUGUCUGUGGCUACUUGCAGUUUCUCUCAGCCACUCCGAGACAGCGUAAAAUAUUCACGACGCCGACGAGAAAGGAGUGCCAGCACCGGCGCGCUCCCUUGCAGCAGGGGGCUGGAGGUUUGUUUUUUCUGAGAAGUGACGCCGAGUCGGCGGCUGGGGCCUCCGUGUCCGCCCCAGCCCGCCCUGGGCUGCGCGCAGACCGCCGCGUCUCCCCUGCUAGCUCAGCAGAUGCGACAGACCAGCAGCGGCGCACUCGAGACCUUCUUACUCGACGGCGAAUUCGCCGCAUCCCAAGUCGUCGCGCCAAUUAG